CAGAAGUAAGAUUGAUUAUAUAUCAUUAUAUAAUGGGAGAAUGAUGAAGAAUGAUAUUUAAGUCUUGUAAAUAAAGAAAUUGAUCAUUUUAUGAGAAGCAAGCGAAAACAGUUUAAUUGUAUAACCAUAAUUGCAAAUUAUUCAUUUAAUGUUAAUAUUUAUAUAAUUUAUAUAUUUAUAUAAUUUUAUAUUAUAUUAUAAUAUAAAAUUUUGUGGCAAAAAUUUUAAAAAUAUUUAAUAAUUGAAGGUAAAAAAAAUAUAGUGCAACUUUAAGAAUUUAAAUAAAUUAAUUAAUCGCAUAAAAGCAAUAAGAAGUUUUGAUUCGCCUUGAACAUGGACAACAUUCAUUUAUCUUUUUUUUUACUGUUUCUCACCUUUCUAUCGACAAAUGCUACAUUCACAACUAAAAAUGUUUUCUUGCGUUUGUAUAACAGAAACGGCUCUCAUAUUGAUAAAAAUAUAAAAAAUACCGAUGAAUUAUUACCUUAUAUACAAAAGGAUAAUAAUUUAGUAAUCUAUAUAACUGGUUACACGAGUAACAUCGAUUCUGACAAUGUGAAACUGAUAAUAAAUGCAUAUUUAAAUAACACGCAAGAUAAUAUUUUAGCACUCGAUUAUCGGGAUAUUACGCAACAUCUUUAUCCGAUUUCUGUGCUGGCAAUCAAUCAACUCAGCACGAUUGUUGCCAAUGCCUUGAACACAUUGAUAGAUGGUGAUGUGAACGAAAAAAAGAUACAUUUAAUUGGACAUUCGUUAGGUGCACAUGUUGCAGGGAAAAUUGGUCGUAAAACGAAAUUCAAAAUUCCAAGAAUAACAGCUUUAGAUCCUGCUGGUCCUUUAUUCUACAUUUUCAAUUCUCGAUUGAACUCUUUCGAUGCUAACUUCGUGGAUGUAAUACAUACUGAUUCGUAUAUCCUUGGAUUGUCUAAACAACUUGGUCAUGUGGAUUUCUAUCCAAACAAUGGCCGUAGACCGCAACCAGGCUGUCCACUUAUCUCUACGUUAUUUUUCAAUGCUACGAAUAUAAUUAAUAAAAAUUUAGACAUAAAUAAAAAUGUUUUCUUACGUUUGUAUAAAAGAGACGGCUCUCAUAUUGAUAAAAAUGUAAGGAAUGCUGAUCAAUUAUUAUCUCAUAUACAAAAGAAUAAUAGUUUAGCAUUUUACAUAACUGGAUACAGACAUGAUAUCAAUUCUGAUAACGUAAAAAUGGUAACGAAUGCAUAUUUAAAGAAUACACAGGAUAAUAUUUUGGCACUCGAUUAUCGGGAUAUUGCUGCUCAAUUUUAUCCAAUUUCUGUGGUAACAAUGAAAAAACUCAGCACACUUGUGGCCGAUGCUUUGAACAAUUUAGUGAAGGGCGGUGUGGAUGCAGAAAAGAUACAUGUAAUAGGAUAUUCACUUGGUGCACAAAUUGCAGGCAGAAUUGGUCGUCAAACGAUCUUCAGAAUUCCUAGAAUAACAGGCUUAGAUCCUGCUGGUCCUCUUUUCUAUCUUCUUAAUGAUCGAUUGAGUACCUCCGAUGCUGUGUUCGUAGAUGUUAUACAUACAGAUAAAACUGGCUAUGGAACAACUCUGAAGGUUGGUCAUGUGGAUUUUUAUCCUAAUUAUGGCCACAGACCGCAACCAGGUUGCCCGUUAUUCGGUUUAUUACUGUCGCCAAAAGAUCUUUGUAGUCAUCGUAGAUCUUUUGAGUUUUAUGCGGAAUCGAUUAGAAACAAUACAGCCUUUAUUGGUAAAUGUACAAAUUUCCAAAUUUGGGGUUGUGACGGUGUUCCAUUUAUUCCUAUGGGAUAUACUACACCGAAUAAUGCGACGGGUAGUUAUAAUCUCUUAACGAAUGAAAAUAGCCCUUAUGGUCAAGGUGUAGAUGGAGCUAUCAAUGCUUUUUAGGAUAUCUAUUUAAACUAAUUACAUUUAUAAUGUUAUUUUAUAUUUACAUAAAUGUUACACGUGUAUUAAAUAUUUAGAUUGCAAAAUAAAUUACUAAUUUUAUUAUGAGAUA